CGGCUACGCUUUGUAUUCUUAACUUCCAUACUAUACAUGAGAUUAAGGCAACCCAUUUAUGCACAUAAUUAGUAAGUCAACAAAAACACCUUGAAAAAUCCUGGGUGUCAGCUGCCUUCUGAGCACAGGUGACCUAGGGAUGAACUAAAAAUAAACACGACUAAGAUUUAUCAAGUGUUUACAGCGGGCCAGGCACUGUUCCAAGAUCUUCCACAUAGUAACUAAUUUAUUUCUCUUAAAAUAUUUACAAGGGGCUGUGCCCAUUCUUUAGAGAGGAGGAAUCUGAGUCACUGUGAACUGAAAUCACUUGUUCAGGGUCACACGUAGAGAUGCAGAUUAGAGAGUCUGGUGUUUAGAAGGGUCCUGAGCAGGCUAGAAAAGCCCCCGGGCCCAGCGUGGGUCAUUUCCAAGCCGAAUCCUAAUGGAGGAGUAGCUAGGAGACUGUUGGGGGAAAGUAGGCCGGUGUGCCUGGUAGGGGAGACACCCUAGGCAAAGGCCAGGAGGUGGGAACCUGCUGGACUCACUUUGUGAGAGCUGCAAGGGCUUGUGGGAGAUGGAGAGGGGAAAGGCCCGAAUGGAAGAGCGUGCCCCAGGGACGAGGGGUGUGAGUUCUAGGCCCCAGGCUGAUGUGAUGUGUGAUCACCCACCAGGGAGGCAAGGGAGUCAGCCGGCCUUUCUUUCAGCAGCCCCAGCACUCAUUAUCUGUCCCACAUCCCGCGUCUGUGCAGCGGUGGGGCACAGCACCCAGUACCUUGGGUACAGAGGAGGUUUCAGGGGACAAAGUGGAGUGGGCUGGGGGCCGAUGAUGCCAUGUGGGGCUGAAGAGAGGAUCAGAGGUGUCUCCAGGGUCAGAGCUAGAGGCAGCGGUGAGGGAGGAAGGUGAGGGCUGGCUGGGCAGGGCUGGGAGCUGGGUUCCACUUCCUCCUCCUCCCCUUCCCGCCCUGGCCUCUCUGGCUUCACCAAUGAGCUGGGAAAGGGGAAAUUCUUGAGUGUAAAGUCCAGCAGGUGGAAGGACCAGGCCUGGGACUCCUGGGUCCCCGGCAGUGUCUGGAGGCAUGACUGGGGCUGGUGGGGGCCUCGGGGCCUGGCGGAGCCUGGUGCUGCUGGGCCUGUGCAGCUGGACAGGGGCCAGUGUGGCCGCCCUUGACCCAGUGAGGAACCUGAGAGCGGAGAAUCAGACCAACAGCUCCAUCACCCUGAGCUGGGAGGCCCCCGAGGGUCUCGACCCGAAGAACUCCACCUACUGGGUUCAGUGGAGUCGAGAUGGUGGCAGCAGGGAGACUCGAAACACAACAGACACCAGAGUCACUGUGGACGGACUCGAACCCGGGUCUUCGUACGCAUUUUUUGUGUGGAUAGAAAAAGAUGGAGAGCAAAGCACCAGGGUGAAUCUCAGUACCUCCACAGGUGAGGGGCAGCCAUGGUUUUCAUCUUUAUCAUUAUUACCACUGGAGCCAUUGAUAAUGGGUAUCUCAGCUUUGCUGUGGGGGAGAGGCUGGCAGGCAGGCUGGGGUAAGAGGGUCUUUGAGGCUACCCCUUUAGUUCUCUGUCCUCACUUCUCAGCUCCCAGUGAGGUCACGGAUCUCCAGAACAAAACUCAGACUAACAACUCAGUCACACUGUGGUGGCAGGCCCCCAGAGACCCCCACUCUCAGCUGUACGUAUACAGGGUCCAGUGGGCCAGCGAGGGACAUCCCCAGAGGGAGCAAGAUCCGCAAGUGAAUUGGGCCAACCAGUCCAGCAGGACCAAUGAGACAUGGUACAAGGUAGAGGCCCUGGAACCCGGGACUCUGUACAACUUCACCGUGUGGGCAGAAAGAAACGACAUGGCCAGUUCCACGCAAAGCAUCCGUGUGUCCACAAACCCAGACACAGUCACCAUCACUUCCUGCGUCAGCACCUCAGGGGGCUAUGGAGUCAUCUUGACCUGGUCCUGCCCCCAGGGAGGCUAUGAGGCCUUUGAGUUGGAGGUGGGUGGACAGCGAGGCUCCCAGGACAGAGCUUCGUGUGGGAAGGGUAUGUCUGUGUUGGGUCUCGGGCCAGCUCAGUCCUACCCAGCCACCAUCACGACCAUCUGGGACGGAAUGAGAGCCACCUCUGCCUCUGUGACCUGCCACACCGAGAGUGCAGGGGUCAUUGCCGGAGCCGUUGUGGGCAUCCUCCUAUUUCUCAUCCUGGUGGGCCUGCUUAUUUUCUUCCUGAAGAGGAGGAAUAAGAAGAACCAGCAGAAGCCAGAACUCAGUGAUCUGGUCUUCAGCUUCCUAGGGGACAUCCUGGCUGAAGACUUUGCUGACCACGUCAGGAAGAAUGAGAAGGACAGCAACUAUGGUUUUGCAGAGGAGUACCAGCAACUGUCCCUGGUGGGCACCAGCCAGUCUCAGAUGGUGGCUUCAACUCCAGAGAACAACACCAAGAACCGCUACAGAAAUGUGCUUCCCUAUGACUGGUCCCGGGUGCCCCUGAAGCCCAUCCCCGAGGAGCCAGGCUCUGACUACAUCAAUGCCAGCUUCAUGCCCGGUCUCUGGAGCCCCCAGGAGUUCAUAGCAACCCAGGGCCCCCUGCCACAGACAGUGGGCGACUUCUGGCGCCUGGUGUGGGAACAGCAGAGCCACACCCUGGUCAUGCUGACCAACUGCAUGGAGGCCGGCCGGGUGAAGUGUGAGCAUUACUGGCCUCUGGACUCUCAGCCCUGCACCCACGGGCACCUGCGGGUGACCCUGGAGAGUGAGGAAGUGAUGGAGAACUGGACGGUCCGGGAACUGCAGCUCCUCCAGGUGGAGGAGCAGAAGACGCUCUCCGUGCGGCAGUUCCACUACCUGGCCUGGCCGGAUCACGGCGUUCCCUCCUCCCCAGACACGUUGCUGGCUUUCUGGAGGAUGCUCCGGCAGUGGCUGGAUCAGACCAUGGAGGGAGGCCCACCCAUUGUGCAUUGCAGUGCUGGCGUGGGCCGCACGGGCACCCUCAUUGCCCUGGACGUCCUGCUUCGGCAGCUGGAGUGCGAGGGUCUCCUUGGGCCCUUCAGCUUCGUGAAGAAGAUGAGAGAGAGCCGGCCGUUGAUGGUACAGACGGAGGCCCAGUACAUAUUCCUGCACCAGUGCAUCCUGCGGUUCCUCCAACAAUCAGCCCAGGCCCCAGCUGAGGAGGAGGUCACGUAUGAGAAUAUUGAAAACCUUAUUUACGAGAACAAGGCCGCCAUCCAGGCCCACGAGUUGGAGGUCUAAGUGACAAGAGGGCUGGGCUGGCAGCCCAGGCAUCCUCAAGCUCUGGACGCCCACUUGAACCCAGAUUCCUGGAAGAGCAGAGGGCUGGGCUCCCAGACUCCUGGGUGCUGUGGGAGGAGGGGGCUGGGAGCCCAAACUCCAGUUUCCCCAGGAGAGAGUGAUCUGGUGGACCUCAGCACAUGACUCUAUGGGACCUGGGGAUCUGGAUUCCUGGUGCCUUGAAGGAGGAGAGGGGUGGUAGCUUGGAAUUCCUAGGUCUUUGAGGGAGGAGGAAGCUGGGAAUCUGGGAUGUAGGAAGAAACAGGCUGGAGCCUGGAUUCUGAGGCAGGAAGGAAUUCAGGUCUGGAAUUCUGGCUACUUGAGGACAAAAGGCAGGCAGGAUCCUGCCCUGCUUUUACUUCAGAAACCAAAUCAGUCUAUAAUCUGAGGUUGGAGGGAGUCCCUGUGCCCAAGGUCUCCCUGCACCCGCCGUCUGCAUAUGUGUUUCCUUCUAUCCCAUAAUUUAUCAAAUCAUUGUUUUCCACA